AUGGGGCAUAACGGCAGCUGGAUCUCCCGAAACGCCAGCGAGCCGCGCAACGCGUCGGGCGCCGGGGCGGAGGGCGCCAACCGCAGCGCUCUCGGGGAGUUCGGCGAGGCGCAGCUGUACCGUCAGUUCACCACCACCGUGCAGGUCGUCAUUUUCAUAGGCUCGCUGCUCGGAAACUUCAUGGUGUUAUGGUCAACUUGCCGCACAACCGUGUUCAAAUCUGUCACCAACAGGUUCAUUAAAAACCUGGCCUGCUCGGGGAUUUGUGCCAGCCUGGUCUGCGUGCCCUUCGACAUCAUCCUCAGCACCAGUCCUCACUGCUGCUGGUGGAUCUACACCAUGCUCUUCUGCAAGGUCGUUAAGUUUUUGCACAAAGUCUUCUGCUCUGUGACUAUCCUCAGCUUCCCUGCCAUUGCCUUGGACAGGUACUACUCGGUCCUCUAUCCGCUGGAGAGAAAAAUAUCUGAUGCAAAGUCCCGAGAACUAGUGAUAUACAUCUGGGCCCAUGCCGUGGUGGCCAGCGUCCCUGUGUUUGUGGUGACCAACGUGGCUGACAUCUAUGCCACGUCCACCUGCACGGAAGUCUGGAGCAACUCGUUGGGCCACCUGGUGUACGUUCUGGUCUACAACGUCACCACGGUCAUCGUACCUGUGGCUGUGGUAUUCCUCUUCUUGAUACUGAUCCGCCGGGCCCUGAGUGCCAGCCAGAAGAAGAAGGUCAUCAUAGCAGCGCUGCGGACCCCGCAGAACACCAUCUCUAUCCCCUAUGCCUCCCAGCGGGAGGCUGAGCUGCACGCCACCCUGCUGUCCAUGGUGAUAGUCUUCAUCUUGUGCAGCGUGCCCUAUGCCACACUGGUCGUCUACCAGACUGUGCUCAAUGUCCCCGACACUUCUGUCUUCUUGCUGCUCACAGCCAUUUGGCUGCCCAAAGUCUCUCUGCUGGCGAACCCUGUGCUCUUUCUUACCGUGAACAAAUCGAUCCGCAAGUGCUUGGUAGGGACCUUGGUACAACUGCACCACCGCUACAGUCGCCGGAAUGUGGUGGGCACAGGGAGCGGGGUGGCCGAUGCCAGCCUGGAGCCCAGCAUGCGCUCGGGCAGCCAGCUUCUGGAGAUGUUCCACAUUGGGCAGCAGCAGAUCUUUAAGCCCACGGAUGAUGAGGAAGAGAGUGAAGCCAAGUAUGCCAGCUCAGCUGACCUCCAGGCCAGGGAGCUACUUCCCACCUGCCUGGAGGCAGAGCGGGGGUCACGGUUUGCUACCCCUGCACCACCCCCGGGCACAGUGGACUCUAUAUCCCAGGUGGCACCAGCAGUCCCUGUGGAACCUGAGACAUUCCCUGACAGGUAUUCCCUGCAAUUCGGCUUUGGGCCAUUUGAGUUGCCUCCCCAGUGGCUCUCGGAGACCCGAAAUAGCAAGAAGAGGCUGCUUCCCCCCUUGGGCAACACCCCAGAAGAGCUGAUCCAGACAAAGAUGCCCAAGGUAGGCAGGGUGGAGCGGAAGAUGAGCAGAAACAAUAAAGUGAGCAUCUUCCCAAAGGUGGAUUCCUAGCAAGUCUUGUAAAUCCCUGGAAACAACAGACGUUCCACAUUCCUGCCCUCCCUUCACUGGGCCUAUGAUUUGUCUGAUCUCCUUGCAGCCCAGUAUGGGUUGAUUCCUCCUCUAUGGGCCAGAUGCUUUUGAAUGAGAGGGAAAUCUAUAUAAAAUCGAAUGUCCUCUUUAUUGAGGGCGUAUAUAUAUAUAUUUAUACAUAUAUAUAUAUAUAUAUAUACACACACACAUAUAUAUAUUUAUCUCAGUGAUCCUCAGUAAAGUCCACAUUCCUCUCUAUGGAGACGAAAGCUGGGUAGUGGGAAAUGGGCCUUGGGUGGGUUCUCUGUGUGCAUUUUCGGGGGAUAUCUCAGUUCCGGGCCCUGCAGAGAAUACACGGAGAGAAGAACGGCUAUGAGUUCAAAGGAAGCAGGGGCACUCUAAGAGAAGCCCAAGAUAAUUAUGGAGCCGUGUGGCCACAAGAAAAUGCCUAUUUGAUUGAUUUUAAAAUGACAAAUAUUCAAAAUGGUUUAUAUUGAUCUGUAUCUUUAGGGAAGAUAGAACCUUGGCAUUUGAUACCUUUUUUCUGGACGGCCUGAUCACAUGACUCACAGUUUCUCCCGAUGCCCUUCAUCUCCUUCGCUGGGAUGUAGGUGAGGGAUGAAUGAAUAUUGCACCCCCAUUUGACAGACAUGGCAAUAGAUGUGCCCGGGGAUUAGGAAGAUAUUCUGUCCUUGAUUAUCCUGACCAUCUCCUAGCAUCACUAAGGCCUCAGAAAGAGAAGUUCGCAGUGUUGGUUGGAAAACACUACAAGCUUUCAUCAUGUCUUUCCCCCUUAAGUUGUGUUUUUUUCAACAAAUGAGAGAGAAGCUUAGAAGUGGAGAAGAAAGACUGAGAAAUAUCCACACGCUGUAGAGUUUUCUCUUCCCACAUGGUCUCAUGUGAAAGAUUUUAUGCAGCAAUCAGCAGGGGUAAAGUGUAUUGAAAAAGAUUUGUGCCAACUUCUGGAAUUAAAGGUCAUUUAAAAAGGCAAAGUUAGGGUAAACGGGGUCCUCUGGAAACGUCAAGCUAAAAAUACUUGAUUAGGAAAAGUGAGUCUGCCCAAAAGAGUGGGAAAAGUUGGUUCCCUUCCAAGGAGGACCGCAGACCCCAUGCGUCGCCAGUCUCAUUUUCCGUCUGUUUGUAUGACUGUGGUUCUCCCUUCAUUUUGGGCACAAAGGAGGAACAGAACGUGGAGAAGGAAUUCAUCACUGUACAAUGCCAAGGCAAUACCUAGCCCAGAUGAGCUCUCCUCUUACUCCUUCCCAGUGAAGUUGUAGCAGGAGCUAGACUGGAUAGAAGAGGGGGGACAGCGUCCUCAAUCGAUCAGUCGCCUGGGGGCUCUCACAGUAAUUCAAGUCUACUUUGGGGUGGACUUCACCAGGUUGAAUUCAAACCACAAAGGAAACUUCACUCUUAAGGAGAGCAAAUCAAGCGCCAGGUCUGCUCUUCUCUGGAGGGCGUUUUGUUCUUGUUCAUAGUAUGGAAGGGAGCCAAUCCAGUGCCUUGAGCAAGCUUCAAGGGAGGGGACAUCCUCAGCGGCAAAGAACACAUCCCAACGGCAGGGGUCCUCACGGAUCUUCUCCUUGAACCACACAGGCCCUUGUCCCUCGUAGGAAGGUCAGACUACAUGUAGGGAGUUUCCUUUUCCUGUCCUUUCCUGGGUGUGCUGUCUUGUGAUUCCCGAAUGUGAACCCAAAGACCCUUGUCCGGAGGAGGGAGUGCCUUCCUCUUUGUGUUCGUCUCUUUGAAGCAUUGUGUGCUCACAGCGGAAACAGGGGCCUGCCACCAACUCUCCCGGGGCCCCUGUGUGCCCUCUGGAGCUCCUUGCCCUGAUGCUUCCCGUUGUGGCCCUUCAAGCUUAUCUUUCAAACCGUCGCAGUUGUUACAGCGUUCAUCAAGAGGAAACAUAACCUGUCAGAAACUUGUGUCCACUUUAGAAGAGUCUGUCAAACGUAGCCACGUUGGUGUCAUUCUGCUAACGUAUAUGUACAACUUAAUAAAUUCUGGUGAGCCGGAAUUUGAUAGAUGUUUCUUAUGUAUGUUUGAAACAGUUGGUUGACUUCUAACAGGUCAUGGCCAGGUGUAUUUCUAUACUCUUUGAAGAAUUAUGUUUUAAUAAAAAAUUGAA